ACUGCAGUAUUGUCAAUGAAGAGGGGGGAAGUAAGCUAAAAUGAUCAUGUUAUCACUGAAGGAUCCUGCAAAAGUGAGAAACAAAACAAAAAUGUUCCUGCUGAAAAAUCAUUAGGAGUUUCAGUUGAUGCAAAACUGCUGAUUCUAUGAGAAAACCAGAGCAAGACAUCAGCUGUUUCAUCACUACUUGAGUUAUUGCAAAUCAUAUAUUAAAGAUUCUAUGGCAUCGGAGAUGAACCUUGUCGAGCAUCCCCAGCUAUCUUCAGCAGAUGGAUUCUUUUUUUCUGAAGGUCCUAAUUUAUUUGACCAGUCUUCUCCAUCCUGGUGUCCUCCAGAUGUAUUAGACUACAGCUGUCAUCCUACCCCAAUCAGCAUAGGUAUACAUCCGGAUCCAAUGAUUUCUGCAGCGAAAGAUUCUGAUGUGUCAUCCUACCCACAGUACAACACUAUGCACUUUUGCCCAGUGCAGUCUCCAAUCUCUUUACCACCUCAUUACUCAAGUUUUAGUCUUUAUCCUCAACAGUCUGAAAAAUGGUACUCCCCUAUAAUGUAUGAGCUUGGAAAAAUGCACUCUGAUAACUUUCAUACCAAGGAGACAGACCUGGUAGACAUUCCUGUAGCCAAGAAGUCUAGGAUGGGUCUAUUAUCUGGAAGAACAAAAGAUAAGGAGCUGUGUGUUGUCUGUGGUGACAAGGCCUCUGGGUACCAUUAUAACGCCCUGACUUGCGAAGGCUGCAAAGGUUUCUUCAGAAGGAGUAUCACUAAAAAUGCUGAAUACAAGUGUAAAAAUGGAGGAAGCUGUGAGAUGGACAUGUAUAUGAGGAGAAAGUGUCAGAAGUGCCGUCUACAAAAGUGCAAGGCAGUAGGAAUGCUGGCAGAGUGUUUGUUAACUGAAAUACAAUGCAAGUCAAAACGACUAAGAAAAAGUAUAUCACAGCCUCGGGAUGAGACAACUAGUGAGGAUCGCAAGGGACUUGACCUGAAGCAAGUGUCUUCUACAACUAAAUUCUAUAAGGAGAAAGUAAAAUUAAGUCCAGAACAACAGAAUCUUCUUCAUUAUAUAAUGGACUCCUAUAAUAAACAGCGGAUUCCUCCUGAGACUACCAAAAAGCUUUUACAAAAGGAAUUCAGUGCAGAAGAAAAUUUUCUCAUUUUAACAGAAAUGGCCACUAGUCAUGUUAAAGUCCUUGUGGAGUUCACUAAAAGAUUACCAGGUUUUCAGACCCUGGACCAUGAAGAUCAAAUUGCUUUGCUAAAGGGUUCAGCAGUAGAAGCCAUGUUCCUUCAAUCAGCUGAAAUCUUUAACAGGAAACUUCCUAGAGGACAUGCUGAUCUCUUAGAAGAAAGAAUUCGCAACAGUGGUAUCUCAGAUGAAUACAUCACGCCUAUGUUCCAUUUCUAUAAAAGUAUUGGGGAACUCAAGAUGACACAAGAAGAAUAUGCUCUGCUUACAGCAAUAGUUAUCUUAUCACCAGAUCGGCAAUACAUAAAGGAUAGAGAGUCUGUUGAACGGCUUCAAGAGCCUCUGCUUGAAGUUCUGCAAAAAUUCUGCAAACUUCAUCACACGGAUACUCCUCAGCAUUUUGCAUGUCUCCUUGGUCGCCUUACAGAACUGCGGACUUUUAAUCACCAUCAUGCAGAUAUGGUGAUGUCAUGGCGAGUUAACGAUUACAAAUUUACACCUCUUCUUUGUGAAAUAUGGGAUGUGCAGUGAUAGGACUAGAUUCCAUGGCAUCCUAAACACAGUUACGUGGGACAACAGAAUUGACUCCAUAAUCGCAGUGCAUUCAGCUUCAGAGUCUUUGUAUUGUAAAUGUUUUCUUAAAGCACUUAAAAUAAUUCAUGGUACAUCAUCUUCACUGGAGUUUACAUUUGUGACUGUUUACUAAACUUUUAUUAAA